CGGCAGCACGCCAGUAGUGUUUGUUACACCAACGUUCGUUUUUGUGGAUUUGUGCUGACUUGUGUUAUUUUGUGCCAGCCGUGAGCUUUUGACAGCCCGAUCGGAGAAUCGACAUUACUAACUAUAAAAAAAGUAAAGAGGACGAUGAAGACGGAGGAGAGGAACACCGCAAACUCUCCCAGGGUCAGGAUUGUCGUACUCGGGAUGAUCAGCGUCGGAAAAUCUGCUUUGACAGUCCGCUAUCUGACAAGACGCUACAUCGGCGAAUACCGUUCAAAUACUGACCUGUUGUAUCGCCAGACCGUUACGAUCAACAACUCGCCGGUGGAAGUGGAGAUCAUCGACGUCUCCGGAGAAACGAGGGAUUCCAGUUUCCCUGUGGAGCAGGUUCAAUGGGCGGAUGGUUGUGUUAUAGUCUAUUCCAUCACCGACAAGCAGUCAUUCCAAUAUGCAGUUGAAUCACUGGAGAACCUCCAGAAAUUGCGUUCCGUCUCGUCGGUUCCUGUCACGCUUUUAGGGAACAAAGCGGAUUUGGCCCAUUUGCGUGAAGUUACCGAAGACGAGGGAAGGAGUGCCGCCCUGAGGAACGGUUGCCAAUUCUACGAGGUGUCCGUCGCUGAGAAUAGUGCAGAUCUCUACCAGGCGUUCGAGUCCCUGCUCAACGAGACCCGUUGCCAGCAAGGCAACUGCUCGAACAAGACGCGCAAGUUUUCCGUCACGAAAAUGAUAGGGACCUUGAUCGGCAGCAGUACUAGUAAAAGCGGCCAACCUGGGGCAAACCAACACGGCGGCACGGUGGUCGUAUGUCAUAAGUCCGACUUGCACAGGAACCGGGUACUCAAACGACGUCAGAACUUCACUGCUACGGCAUCGUUGUGACUCGAGUCGCAGACGGCUGAUACUUCUGCUUGAAGCCCUCAUGAAGAGGGAGUCUGUCUGUUUUUGGCCGGCUUAUAGCCCUGGAACAGGUGUAAGCGUUGUUCCUUUUCCGGGAAACGGCUGACGUUUCGGAGAGCUUUGUUUUCAAGCUUCCACUUUGAGAAGAUCUAUCUCUGAGCUGUACGACUCUCAAUUGGAACGUCUCCGACCGUUGUGAUAGCUCCGUUGUGGGAGCCUUUUAAGGAACAUUUUAGGUCUGUUAGGUGCUAAUGAGGAUGGUUAUUAUUUAUACUUGUUCGAUUCCUAUUCUCGACACAUUCAUAUCACACAAAUUAUCGUGUAAUGUUAUCUUUUAUCGAGACAAAUGCAUGAAAGGAGUAUACUUUGUGUGUAGAUAACAUGUAGAGGCAAAUUUAUUUUGUAGUACAAAGUAGAAUAUAAAGCUUCGACUUUCGAUAGCUCAAAAUUAUUAAUUAUUAAUUAGCAGUUUAUGUUUCUAUUAAUUUAUUUAAACUUUUUAUUGUGAGAAAGUCGCCAAAGAGCAAAAAAGAACUAGUUACCAUUUAUACUAUUAAAAUAAUGCAUUCAUGAGUAUAAAUUAGUUUAUAUCGAAGCAAUUAUUAUUAAUAUAAUAUGGCCUUUAAUAACAUUUUGUGAAAUAAUUAGGCAAUUAUUGACUAAUUACUAAUAAUCACAAUUGAAUUGUAACUUAUAUCUGCCAAACGAGGGCACAAUAAAUUAGAAUCAUUGUUUAAUAAUUUUUGUAUGAAUCUAAGUAAAAUAAGGCUGUGAUUAUUUAUAAAGUUCAAAAUCUGAUAUUGCCUAUUUGUUUCGUGGUGUUGCGUUGUCAGAAACGUACAUGGAUUGAAUGGUCCUAAAUGAAAUUUUUCCAGACUGUCGAGUAAGAUUAUUUAAUGUGAAGUGUACCUUAUAUGUAAGAAUGAUUUUUUUUUUACAAUAAUAAAACUGUUUGGUGUAUUACAGAA